CAAAUGUUGCCCCCUCAAUCGUCAUUGUCGAUGGAGCAAAGAAAGAUGAGGACGACUGUCGAGAGGCUGGAUAAACCCAGCACGUAUUAUUUGGGAAAGAAUAAGAGACGAAAACUGGGUCAAGGUCGGGAGGAGCCUGACGAGAAGAUUGAAGCCGAGGACCCUUUAAAGGAUGCCACUACUCUUUACGUUGGGAAUUUAUCCUUUUACACGACUGAAGAACAAAUUCACGAACUUUUCGCCAAAUGCGGCGAGAUCAAGCGACUAGUGAUGGGCCUUGACCGAUUCGCAAAAACUCCAUGCGGCUUCUGCUUUGUUGAAUAUUACACGCAUCAGGAUGCCCUCGACUGCAUGAAAUACAUUGGAGGCACAAAGUUGGAUGAAAGAAUAAUCAGAACUGAUUUGGACCCUGGAUUUCAGGAAGGAAGACAAUAUGGUCGGGGUAAGUCUGGCGGCCAAGUGAGAGACGAAUACAGAGACGAAUACGACCCUGGCCGCGGGGGAUACGGUCGUGCAAUCGCAGAAGAGAGACGCCGGGAGGAAGAACAAUAUGGAAGAGGCAGGUAGGCUGUGUGGGUUUCCAGGGUUACUGGCGCAAAAACGGCGUAAGACACAAACAAAUACGGGUUACAAUUCAUAAUUCAACCAAAUUCUAUCUGAUGUCCAAACACAGUGUACAGGAAAAAAAAAAAAAAAUUCUAUAUCCGUUUAAAGAUUCUAUCGACAAACCAGUGUUAGGUUUGAGCCUCCAUAAUGCGAGUCUGUUCCACAGCAUUCUUCACUUGCCGAAGCCACCACAUAUGGAUUCGCGGAUCUUCUGUCAACUCGGGGUGAAAACUUGUACCAAACACGUUUCCCUGCCUAACAGCCACGAUAUCGCCAGCGUCCGAGUCAGUCGUGACAUCCACACCGCGGUCCGCCAAUCUGGCCGCUCUUCCAGGGAGUUUUGCAAGCACAUCCACAUGGUCGCUCAUAGCUCCCUGCGCUACAACACUCUCUGGAUGGCGCGACGGCGCAAUUACUGUCCCGUCCUUUCUCUGCUUUUCAGCUUGUAUAGAGUCGCCGCAGGUAAGGAUCUUCUCCACCACUGGUGCUCGAAUAAAUACGCCCUGGAACGGUUGCGGCAGCUCGAUAUCAUCCAGAGAAGAGAGGAAGGGCAAAUCAAGGCUAGCCUGGAAACUCUCCGUUUGACGACCGAAAUGGUUUCUGUUCACACGUACAUCGAGUCCUCCGAUAAGUUCCUGGCCACCUUGCUUCGUUCUAUUUGCCGACUCAGCCAAAAGGAUCAACCCAGCACAGGUUCCCCACGUUGGCUUUCGGCGAAUU